AUGGCGAAGGAGAAGACUCACAUCAACCUGGUGAUCAUCGGUCAUGUCGACAGCGGUAAGUCCACCACCACCGGCCACCUCGUCUACAAGUGCGGCGGCAUCGACCAGAGGAAACUGGAGAAGUUCGAGAAGGCCGCAGCGCUGAUGGGGAAGAGUUCCUUCAAAUUUGCCUGGGUGCUGGACAAGCUGAAAGCUGAGCGUGAGCGAGGAAUCACAAUUGACAUAUCUCUGCUGAAAUUCAGCACUCAAAAAUACUCCUUAACUCUCAUCGAUGCUCCUGGCCACCGCGACUUCAUCAAAAACAUGAUAACCGGGACGUCACAGGCUGACGUGGCCCUGCUGGUGGUCUCUGCUGCUAAAGGGGAGUUUGAGGCCGGCGUGUCGAGAAGCGGUCAGACCAGGGAGCACGCCCUGCUGGCCUACACUCUGGGGGUCAAGCAGAUCAUCGUCUGUGUGAACAAGAUGGAUCUGACUGAACCCCCUUACUGCCAGAAGCGCUUUGACGAGGUGGUCCGAGGCGUCGGCGGCUUCCUCAAGAAGAUCGGCUACAACGCCGCAACUGUGCCCUUUGUUCCCAUAUCUGGCUGGACUGGGGAGAACAUGAUCACUGCCACUCAGAGGAUGCCCUGGUUCCAAGGAUGGAAAUCCAAACGUAGGGAAGGGAAUGCAAGCGGGAGAACUCUCCUCGAAGUCCUGGACGCCAUUCAGCCCCCAGCGCGCUCCACCAACAAGCCCCUGAGGCUACCUCUGCAGGAUGUCUACAAAAUUGGAGGAAUUGGGACCGUGCCAGUGGGCAAGAUUGAAACCGGUGUCCUCAAACCAGGCAUGACCCUGAUGUUCUCCCCUGCCAAGAUCACAGCCGAGGUGAAGUCCAUUGAGAUGCACCACCAGGGGCUGGAGACGGCUCUGCCGGGACACAAUGUUGGCUUCAACAUUAAGAACGUGGCCGCCAAGAACCUGCGGCGCGGCGACGUAGCUGGCAACGCCCAGCAGGACCCUCCAUCGGACGUCAGCAGCUUUGUAGCGCAGGUGAUAAUCCUGAACCAUCCAGGGAAGAUUAAAGCCGGCUACUCCCCGGUCCUGGACUGCCACACCACCCAUGUGACCUGUCGCUUUGCUGAGCUGAUGGAGAAGAUCGACCGGCGCACCGGCAAAAAACUGGACGACCAUCCACAGGUCCUGAUGUCUGGAGACGCUGCUCUGGUCAAACUGGUGCCCAUCAAGCCCAUGUGUGUGGAGAGCUUCUUCAAGUACCCGUCCCUGGGUCGCUUUGCAGCCCGAGAUCUGAAGCAGACGGUCGCAGUUGGCGUCAUCAAGUCGGUGCAGAAGGACCAAGGGUCAAAACUUCCCCUCAAGAGGUCAAGUGUGUAAAUGGGUUUAGUUUGUGAAAGUUUAGUUUUUACCAGUAAAUCCUGGUAUGUCUGCUUUGAACAGUUUUAUUUUGUAAAAAGCUAAUUUUAUUUUUAUGUUUAACUGAUUAUUCCUGUGUUUAAAUCCAGAAGAUUCUGUGUAGACCUGAACGGUACA